GAAAAGCGUCAAUAAACAAUCGAUAAAAAGGGUUAAAGAAAAAAGAUAUGGAAAUAAACAUUUUACCCCCAGAGAUUUUACUUAUGAUUUUUAUAUAUCUAACAUGGGAAGAACGGAUUCUUGCAAAAACUGUUUGCAACCUCUGGUACAAACUUUGCCGUUCAAAAAGUCUAUGGAGAAGUGUGAACGCGACUGCACUACACUCAGACACGAAUUUAUGUGAUAUAUCAUCAAACAGGCACCAUAUUAGAUAUUUAAAAAUCACUCCUAUCUUGUUACUGAAGAUGUUACAGUAUGAUGAUACUGUAAAAUUUGAAAAUCUUUCACAUCUCAAUUUAGCGAUGUAUGAUGUAGAUAGUGUACACAUAUUUCACUUGAUAAUUGAAAGAUGUUCUAACAUUAAGAUGUUGAAAUUCAAAUGUUGUUCUGCGCAAACAUUAAACAAAGCAAUUAACUCAACAAAAAAUCUUCUCUUACACGAACUUGAUAUUAUUUUUAACGGGACAGAUGCUGCCAUUCCUGCUAUCACGAAGUUAUCCGAAUGCAAUCCAAAAUUGCGGAAACUAAGUAUCAAUACUUUGUCGACCGGUUUAUUGAAGUAUGGGAUUCAUAGCUCAAAAACGAUAUCUAGCAUUAGAGCAAACAACAUCAGUCUCUGCCAUAAAAUAUUUCUGAACAUGCCUGUUAUUCACACAUUAUCUCUACUUCACCUCGAUUCAACUGAUAUAGAUGAUGACAGUUUGCUUAUUAUUUCUAAGAACGCUCCAAAUUUAAACAGUGUAUCGAUAAUUGGAUGCAAAUCUCCUACAGAAAAAGGGAUUUUGAUAUUUACGUCCUCUUGCAGAAAACUUGAGUACUUUCGAAUGGGAAGUAGUUAUCAGAAAUUGUCUUUGUACGCCAUUUCACGCGAAUGCAGUGCUCUCAUGUAUAUUGACGCAAGAAGUACUAGUAUAUCUAGCCAUGUCCACCUGCAGGAACUUACAGCAUCAUGUCAUUGUCUUCUUUCUAUUAGACUGCUUAAUGUUACUGGCCUAGAUGAUCUCGCAAUUGAAAUAAUUGCUGAUAAUUGCACAGAAUUAAAGGAUGCACACUUUAGUGGAAGUAGCGAUAUUACAGUAUCCGGUGUGACAUAUAUGUUAAUCAAAUGUAGAAUGCUAACGGAAUUGAUUCUGAAGUCAAGUUAUAAUCUACGUGAAACUAGAAAUGUAAAUCGACUAUUGAGGAAUACAUCAUCAAAUAAACUUUUACCGAAAAUUAAAGAUUUCAAAAAUGCACACACUAGUAAUGCAUCUGAACCUUUUCGAAAUUCUAAACAGCUGUUGACCUCUUCUAAAAAUGACAGUAGUCAUAGGAAUAUCUUGCUUCAUUUAGAACCGAGAGUUACCCAACUAGAUACAGAAUCUGGUUUAAUUUCUCGUGGCAAAGUGACAACAACGGUGACGAAAAAGGACCUAUUGAAUUAUUCACCAACAAGACACUGUGAAUUAAGGACGCUUAAUGUUACUUCAUGUAACAAUUUGACCCCAGAAUCAAUGGUUUAUAUAACUAAAUUCUGUCCAGACUUGAGAAGUCUAAUCUGUUUAGACUGCAAACAAUUCAUGAGUGUAGAGGCGAAGGUUAUUCUGCAUGGAAUAUUCCGGAACUGUUUCUUCAUUAGAUCCAUCAGUUUAGGAAAAGAUGACACAAUAUAUAGCAGUAACUAUCCUCUUUAAAUGAAGAAAACAUUAAAAAAACUAUAUAAGUGUCAUGCGUCUGAAGCGCUUUUCUGGAUUUAACGCUCAAAGCCGAAUAUUUGAAAGACAAUGAUUUAUAAGAACCGAAGACGGAUGUCAAGUUGGUUCAAUAUUCAACAUUCAACAUUCAACAUUCACAUUUUUUUUUUUUUUUUUUUUUAGCAUUCAUUUUCGUUUUCAACAUUGAACAUUCGUUUUUAACAUUCGAUUUUCAACAUUCAACAUUCGUUUUCAACAUUAAACAUUCGUUUUCAACAUUCGUUUUC